AUGUUUAGUACUACAGGAGGUUUAGAAUCGAAAAAGGACAAACAAGUUUUUGCUGAAAGCCAUAAUUCGUUAAUUCAAAGUAGUAGUUUAUUUACUUACUUUUCUCAGUAUUUCAAACCUGAUAAGAUAUGUGUGGACCAGGAGACAAUUAAAAGGCAACAUUCUUUGUCUGGUCAAACAGAAUUAUACUAUACUUACAACCAAGUUGCAACUAAUCUGACUUCAAAAGACAAAAAAACCAAUAUUAGUAAGGUUAACACCCUGAUUAGCACGAAAACUUCAAGGAAUAUGCAGUCAAUGACCUUAAAUAAAUCUUAUACUUUUACCGAAAAGACACUACCUAAAAACUUAAACGACAACCAAAACACUAAAGAUCAUUUUAAAGUAAGCAAUAGCCUCUAUAAACUAUUUAAAAAAAAUUUUACGGAGAGAUUUAUUAAUUUUUUUAAUUACAAACAUUUAUUUGACUGCUGUAAACAAUCUGAAGGGGAUAACAAAUCAGUUUCCAAAUAUGACAGCGUCAGAAAUCUGAAGAAAUUCUCAGGACCAAAUAGUCACCUUAACAAAAAUAGUAUAUACCGAGGGAAAAAACAAGAAAUAGGGCUUAUUAAUAACCAUACCAAAAUUGAAAAAGAGAUAUCUACCAGCUUCAAGCAGUUAAAAGUUUCUGUCACCACUGAAAAAUCAAAAUUAAAUUCUGCAAAUUCUAGCGGAAGCAAAAUCUGUUUGACCAGCUUUAAGAUACCUUUAGUUCAAGAAAAUCCUUUCGAAUCUGCUUCUAAAAAAGAGGAACACUCACCUGAAACACCAAAUAAAUUAGGCAUAGAUUUAAAAGAAUCUGGAAAAGUACUUGAUCCUGUACGGGUAAAAAAGGUUUCUUCUACCCUAAACAAAACUAAAAAAUGGAAUGUCACACAAGAACUCCGAGAUUACGACUGUAAUAACGGUUUAAAUAAAAAAAAACUAGGCAAAGGUAAUAAUAAACACAAAGGACCUUAUGAAGGCAAAUAUAUAAAUACAAAUGGUGCCUUAAACUUAUCAAUUGAAAACGAGCAAGCUACUUAUAGUUAUCACACUAUGUUUAACGAUAUAAAUGGUGAUUGUUCUACACUUACUGACGAAAAUGUAAAUAUUACAUAUUUUUUUUGUAACCCUGACGAUAGCUCUACUGAAGAAGACAUAAGACAAGAGCCACUAGUGUCUCCAGCUUUAUCAUCCAAAAAGAAAAUUGAAACCUCUCAGUUACCAAUACAAAGUAAUAAGGAACAGUGCUCAGCCUCACGCUCACUAAGAGCCCCGGCAAAAACGCAACUACCAGCUAUUUCGCCUUAUCAAAACCAAAAUAACAAACUUUAUCAAUUAAACUCUACACAACCCAUAAAAAAGGAUGUAGCCCUUAUGAAUCCGAAAAGGAUCCAAGCAAAGAGUGCUUAUAGCCAAAAGCUAGACCGUCACCAGAGACAUAGAGGUACCCAGAAAACUUCAACAUCUUGCAAACCUCAAGAUGAAAGCUAUACUAUUCCACUUACCCAUCUUAGCCCCCAGCAGUGCGCUAUAAUUUUUAGUUGUAGCAGUAGUAAUAUCGCGAACUGCAGUGAUAGUCCGGAGCUUAUAAAACCCUGUAACCUUCCUGAAAAAGAAUAUUUCUCUCCUUUUUACGACACUUUACCGCAGCUGAAUGCAGAAGUCUUAAAACCUUUGUCCUUAACGUUACCUUGUAAUUCAGUACCUUCUAUUUUUUACUGGUCAAAUUUCUUGAACUAUAAUCCUUCACACUCUCGCAUCAGUUUGCAGCUGGUUAUUGACGAUUUGAAUGAUACAAGUUCCAGCGAUGACGAAGAAGAGAACUCCAUCGAUAAUAAAGAGGCUCCUGUUAACAGCCUAUCGGAUAGCACUUUUCUGAAAGUUUCUACUCAAAAAAUGAGUAAAGUUAAAACCCCUAACUUUGUAACAGAGGAAGAGUUCAAAAAAGACAUGAAAGUUAUUAAAAUUUUUUUAGAGGUUAUUCAGCAGAAAACAUUGUUUUUAUUAAAGGAACACGCGCAAAAUUAUACUACUGAACAAACCAAAAAAAUAUAUACUGCUUUAAAUGAACCUUUGACUUGUGUUGCGUGCAGUCCCUCUUGGCUUUCUUUUUAG